AUGGACUCUUUCAAUCCAGAAGACAUGGCUCCUAGCUUUUGCAUCGGACAGCAUGAAACCAACCGCAAGAACCCAAUCACGGCUGCAAUUGUACAGGCAGCCCAUGAAAGCAAUUAUGACAUGCUUACGGCACCAAUCACUACGGAGGCCUUCCAUUCUCGCAUCCUCACCCUGUUAGGUUCCAAACCAAAUGCCCCUUUGACUCCGGCUGCCAAUGGGACUUUGAUGACGACCGAUAAUAUGCGCCCCAUCUUUAUUCCUCCCUUAACUCCCGCGGAUAGCCACUUGACCCCGGAUGAGACGAUGUCGCAGAUAGUUGGAGUCACCAGCGGUUGGAUCGAUCUAUGCUCCCCGGAUCCCCUGAUUGCAGACAUCUCGCGUCAGGUGUUCAUGCGAGAGGUCGCGUAUGCAGCUUUCUGUGGCCUUGGGUACCUCUUGAUUCCCGGCCCGAAACUGCACCAUGGAGAGAUCCAUGCAGAAGGCGUGAGCUACUAUGCGAGAGCGAUACAGGAUGCUAUCAACCUCGCUCCUUACAUACAGUUUCACAUUUGGAUGCCUAUGGUUGAUAACCCAGACUUGGAAGUAGAUGGAAUAGCCAAUCUGUCUCGCCUUGCCCGUCAGGAGUUCCUUGGAGAACCGCUCACAGGGCAGCCAUUGCGAGUGGAUCCUUUUGGCACUUGGGAUGCUUGGGACAUGAUACGGAGAACUUGUAAAUACCACUCCAGGCUUGUCGUAGCACUUUCAAUGCCUAAGCACCUCCCUCCCAUGUCCGUGCAGUCUCGCUGGUAUUCCGAGCCUGUUCAUAUGCUCACAUUUGAUGCCAACACGUUCAUCAAGAACCAGAAGGGUUAUCCCGUACUGUCUAAGACGCACCAGGCGCUCAUCGGUCGGUUCAUGCGCUUACGGACAUCCCCAUGGAUCCUUCUCUGCGAUGUUGGCCCAAUCCCGGGCGUAGAUGAGCAAGAAACUACAGGAACCAAACUCCCCGCUCUGUCCGGCUCUGAUUAUCCUAGUCUCACUCAGGCCGCGGUAUCCAACAAGAAGCAUUAUGACCCGACCCCUCAUCUUUCCUACCUCAGAAAUCUACAGCAACGCCAGCCUUCUAGGAGCGCCAUGGAGAGGUUUGGAGUUGGAUACCAAGACUAUCUUCAGGCGCCUUUGCAGCCGUUGACUGUCAACCUGGAAAGCAUUACUUACGAGGUAUUCGAGAAAGAUCCUAUCAAAUACAAAUGGUAUGAGCGCGCUGUCGCCAAAGCUCUUACCGACUGGGCAAGUGAAGGGAAGCCAACUUCGAACCCCGACGGCAGAGUGGUUGUGGCCGUGGUUGGUGCGGGUCGAGGACCGCUCGUGUCGCGGGCGCUCCAAGCCAGUGUCGAGACUGGGGUCAAGAUUGACCUCUGGGCAGUUGAGAAGAACACCAACGCUUUCGUCCUUCUCCAACGCCACAAUGAGCAGAAAUGGGGUGGACAAGUCAAGCUUGUGCAGUCGGACAUGCGAGCCUGGAAAGGCCCGCAGAUUGAGAAGCAGGGUCACUCGGGAGCACAAACAGGACCGGAAUCGGCACAGACGUCCGAAUCAGCAGCCGCGCCCCCCGUCACCGAGCUCGUUCCCACUACGAUCGACAUUCUGAUCUCAGAGCUGCUGGGCUCGUUCGGCGACAACGAGCUUUCGCCAGAAUGCCUUGACGGCGUUACGCACUUACUCAAUCCUGUUCACGGUAUCUCCAUUCCGGCUUCCUACACGGCUCACCUUACGCCCAUCGCGGCGCCGAAGCUCCACGCCGAUGUCAUGAAUCAAUCCGUCUCUAACCCAGCAGCGCCGGAGACGCCGUAUGUGGUCAUGUUACACGCGAUCGACUUUCUCUCCACGAAUCAGCCCUCUGCAUCUACACUAAUGAACUCCAGUCAUGGGGGCGCCAAAUAUAGUGCCCGAGACUCAAUCUCCACGCUACCGGGUUCUGGAGAAGCGCCGAUCCCAUUCGUGCAGACGACCUGGUCGUUUGAGCAUCCCAACCGGCAUAUCCCCCCUCAAUUGCCGACCACGUCAACGAUCUCCAAUUCGCAUAACGUGCGCCGGACUCGUCUGUCAUUCCCAGUCUACAACCGCGGAGUGUGCCAUGGCCUGGCGGGGUACUUUGAGACGGUGCUAUACCGCGACAUCGAGCUGUCCACCAACCCCGUCACAAUGGACACCAAGAGUGCCGACAUGAUCAGUUGGUUCCCGAUCUACUUCCCAUUGAAGACCCCUCUGAAUGUGCCCGACAAUGGCGAAGUGGUGGUGACCAUGUACCGACAGACCGACGACCGCAAGGUAUGGUAUGAGUGGAUGGUGGAAGUAUUCGCCGUGGAAGGCAACGAAGAGGAAGUGGUGAUGAGUGGGGGCAAAGGCACAUCUCCAGCGGCUGGCAAUCUGCAGCGACAGCCCCAGAGAUCACGUGGCGGGCGACGUGUCCGGGUUGGGACGAGCGAACUGCACUCCAGCAUCAAGGAGGGUUGCCUCAUGUGA